UGACAGUUAUAUUUAAUGGCGAUUUGUUGGUGGACAAUAACAUUUACCACAGUCGAAUUUUCUGCGGAUAGCGUAUUUUAAACUAUUUUUCGGCGAAAAAGGCUUAAACAUCGCGUGCUCAUCAAAACAACUCAGUUGCAGUUCAUUUUCUCCGGUGCGAUUUACCCUUUCAAACAAUGUCAUCGUGAAACAUUUUUAUUUCAUUGGACUGUUUGAAAUAUUUUGCGAAAAUAAAUCAACCGACCUUUUGUCAAUUUCGUUAUGCUUGAAUGUAGUUUACUUUAUCGAAGAUAGCUAUGGCGAAUUUAAACUUUACGAGGAAUAUUGGAGGUAACAAUAUCGGACGAACAACUGUUAGUUUCGGUAAUAAUUCCAUGUCAGGACAUGUUACUCCAGUUUUCGGACAAAGAACACCUUCGGAAAGGAGAACGCUUCCUUUAGUGGGGAACUCGAAUCAACUGAGCAACAUGAACACAUUAGGUGGUUACAGUUCCUUUAAUUCGGUGUUCGGGUCCGGAGACACCAACACCCCGUCUCUCUUGGACCUCAGCGAGUUCCCCUCGCUGACGAACCGAAACUCCGGCGACAACGUGCCCCAACCGAGCCCCAUGCCCGGCGCGAAGCCCUACGUCGGCAUGGUGAAGCAGCCUAUAUCCGAAUCCAGCGAGUUCACCAUGUCCUCGGAGGACUUCCCCGCGCUGCCGGGCACGCAGAACAGGGAAGGCGCCUCGCCCGGCAGCAACACGUCGGGCGACAAAAUCGCCGGCGGCGGCGCCGGCGACGGGACGAGUUCGAGGGAGGGCGAAAAGAACGGUUCGAAAUCGGGUAUACAAACAUCGCCGGACGGAAGGGUGACGAACAUCCCGGGCAGCAUGGUGAACGACCAGUUCGGCAUCGUAGGUCUUUUGACGUUCAUCAGGGCGGCGGAGACCGAUCCGAAUUUGGUGUCUCUCGCCCUGGGACAGGAUCUCACGGCGCUCGGAUUGAAUCUCAACUCGCCCGAUAACUUGUAUCCGACGUUCGCCGGACCGUGGGCGGAGCACCCCUGUCGGCCGCAGGACAUCGACUAUCACGUACCGCCCGAGUAUCUUAUUAACCACGCAAUCAGGGAUAAACUGGCUUCUAUGAAGUUGAGUCGAUAUAAAGACGACUUGUUAUUCUUCAUGUUUUAUAAUAACGUUGGUGAUAUUCUUCAAAUUGCAGCCGCCUCAGAAUUAUAUAGCCGAGAGUGGAGGUAUCAUACCGAGGAGAAGGUCUGGAUCACGCAGGUGCCCGGUAUGGUGCUGUUAGAAAAGACAUCGACUUACGAGAGAGGGACUUACUACUUUUUCGACGCCCAAAAUUGGCGGAAAGUAGCUAAAGAAUUCUAUUUGGACUACAGUAAACUAGAGGGCAGGCCCGCUAUGAAUCAAAGCAUCCAUCACAAUUCAUGAAAAUUCUUGAACGACAUGACACUGCUUCCUGAAAUAAAAUGAAAAAGUAUAUGAUUUUUAUCGAUUGCGAGUCGCGCUUUGUUUUGAAAAGCAUUAGCCAGCCCAAAUGAUAAACCAGUUCUAAUUUAGUACGCAGUUAUGUAAAGUUUAAGUAUACACUUUUCAAUUUUUAUCGCAUGUAAUUAUGUAAGUGAUUUUUUUAGUUUCAUUAGUAGUAAUUGUACAUUUUUUUUCAGUGGGUUUGUAAUGCUUUUUUAAACGAAUAAGGCUCACGGCAUUCCAGACAACACAUUUUGUUCUUUUAAUUAUUUCUUAAAAACAACCAGCUUAAGAUAAUAUAUUGUAAUUAGAGUUAUUUAUUACUGUUACAUAAAAAAGAUCAAAGUAUUUUUCCGAAAAAUGUCCAGUUGAUAAUUUUUCUUUCGUUUUUAAUUACAACACAAGCAAUUUUACAAAUAUUUCAUAUUUUGAGCAUUUUAAAUUUCUGCCUAGAAAUCAAUCUGGUUUUUAAGUCUUGCCUUUUCAUAAUUACAACUCUAUGGAGAAAUUAGUCAAAUUAUUCAUAUAAAAUCUAGAAAAAAAUCGAUUGUAGAUAAUUAAAAUUCGUUACUAUUGUCUGUUACUCUUCGUUGGAAAUAGAGAAUUUUUUUUAAAGUUUGUAACCCGUAAAAGAAAAAAUUAGUUUUCUAUCUUACGGAUGGUGAGAAGAAAAUUAUUAGAAACUCGUGGAUGUCUGGAAUGUGUUGUCGUCUGGAAAACGAAUGGGGUUUUCAAUUUUUUAGAGUUCGUACGUUUUCCAGAUUUGGUUAAGUAUUAACUGAAUAAAAAACUAUUAAAUCUAUACAAACUCGAUUCGUUAUUUCUCGUUUAUCGAUGAUAGAAAUUCUAAAUUUUUCUUUUUGUAACUCGCAUUAAACAUCCUUACAUAAUUUUCCGAAUUAUAACUUUUUGUUCGCUGUAACAUCGUUAAAAUGUCCAACAUAUUAUUCGAGAACUAUCUGAACGAGUUUGUAUGAAUCCAAGCGAUUUUCGUUCAUUUGUAUAUUUUCUGUACAUUAAUAAAUCAUAAUUGAAAAUAAAAAAUGUCCAUAUCUAUAGAUCUCAGACUGCAAGUGAGCACACAAU